AUGCCCAGCUUGCCACCGAUUCGGGACAAUCUACUGCAGCGAGCUGUGUUUAUGCACCCGGCUUGUGGAAAGUCAAACGACGCCAGCUACGACCGACUAGAGGUACUGGGAGACGCAUAUAUCGAACUGAUAGCAACAAAACUGGUGUGGGACAGGUAUCCCGGGAUUCCCGCUGGGAGAAUAUCACAGAUCCGAGAAGGAUUAGUCAAGAAUGAGACGCUUGCAAAAUUCGCCGAGAAAUAUGGAUUUGAUCAUAAAGCCUCGGUACCAGCGAUCUACUCCAACCAGCCGAAGCGAUGGAUCAAGACCAAGGGCGAUAUUUUCGAAGCUUAUGUGGCUGCGAUCGUACUAUCCGAUCCACAAAAGGGCUAUGAAAUGGCGGAAGAAUGGCUGAUUGGUUUAUGGUCGCCAAUUUUAGACAAGUUGGGGCAUCAAAAAGCGGAGCUGCGCUCUAAGGAGGAGCUUGCAAAGAAAGUCAUGGGCAAGGGUAUCAAGCUGGAAUAUCUUCCCGAGCGUGAUCCGAUUCAGGAAAAGGGCAGUGGUACCCAGAUGUUUUUCAUUGGAGUCUACCUCACGGGCUGGGGCUGGGAAAAAAUGCAUCUUGGCUCAGGGCAGGGCUCAAGUAAAGUCGAGGCAGGGGAUGAAGCAGCUCAAAAUGCCUUGCUGAAUACUUCACUGAUCUCUAGAGUCAUCGCUGCGAAGAAGGCAAUGACCAAAAAUAAUUGA